AUGGCUCCCUUUAUGGCUUCAGCUCCACAGUCGGUCGACACUUAUGAGUCUAUUCCCAAGGGUGUUUAUGCCUUGAAGCGUGAUUUCAACGCGAGUACUAGACUUACUGCUCAGCACUACCUGUGGAAAGAUGCUCUCAAGUUCAACAUCCAUCCAGACAUACCUACGGCCAACAGUCAGAUAAGAGUUGCAGAUGUUGCAACAGGAAACGGUAUUUGGCUUUUGGAUGUGGCACGCGAAGUUCCUCCGUCGGCAAGACUAGACGGCUUCGACAUCAGUCUUGAUCAAUGUCCUCCAUCCCCAUGGCUACCGGCCAAUACCAAUCUUCACACCUGGGACGUCUAUAGAGAGCCACCAAAACAUUUCCAGGAGACGUUUGAUAUUGUUCAUGUGAGGUUGAUUACAGUUGCUAUCAAGAACAAUGAUCCCAAACCUGUUUUGGCAAAUUUGCGGAAAUUACUUAAACCUGGUGGUUUCCUUCAAUGGGAUGAGGCUGAUAGCGUCGAUUGGACUGUCAAAAAUAUUGACUCCUCUGUGGCUACAGACGCCGUAAGACGCUUGUUUCAACAGCUAUGUGGAUCUCAUGACUGGAAGCGCUACAUGGUAGACAUACUCAAUGAAGAUGGAUUUCAAGAUGUCCGACUCCACAAAGUAGAAUAUGACCUCACUAUGGCAAGGUAUUGGAAUGACGUAUAUAUGAGUACUUGGGAUGAGUUCGCAAAGAUGAUUGUACGGAAGCCCGAAGAAUCACUGCAACUCAGCCGGGAAGCCAUGGAUCAAGUGCGUGAUGGUUGUGCUAUAUCUUGCCCUAAGCUUGUCUGGGUUGCCCAGAAGACUUGGUAG